UUUUAACUAUAUAUAUAUAUAUAUAUAUCUUUGAACUGAAAGCUAAUGCCAGCCCUACACUAAUUAACGCUACUCGUUUACAUCUCCAUCUCCUCUUCUCUCCUCUCUUUCGACCCUGUUUCCUUUUCCCUUUUCCAACUUGAGAUAUCUGGUCUCUUCUCUUCUUUAUAUCUAUCCAGCUUCAUUUCGGGUUCAUUCAACCAAUUUCACACAGCUGUACGUUGUCUGGCUUCAUCAUUUUGGUAAUUAAAGGAAAGGAAGCCUUCCCAUUGACCCUGCGAUUUGUUUUUCUUGGUCAAGUUGAGAUUUGCUUUGCUUGUGUUUCAAUUCAAAGGAUUGAUAUGGACUACUCAUCAGCUGCUGCGUAUGAUACUUCUCUGGAUCUUAACACCAGGCCUCUCCGGCUUUUCGAUGAUUCUCCUCCGAUCAAGAAAGAGGUGCAGAGCAAGAUUUUGUUCGACUUUGGAAGGGAGCUCUCAGCAAAAGAAGAGAGUGGAGCUUUGGUAGAGGAAUUGCACAGGGUGAGUACCGAAAACAAGAAGCUGACUGAAAUGUUGACGGUGAUGGGUGAGAGCUACAAUGCUUUGAGAAGCCAAUUGUUGGAGUACAUGAGCAAGAACCCAGAGAAGGAGCUCAGCCCGAUAUCCAAGAAAAGAAAGUCUGAAAGUAGUAACAACAACAACAACAACAACAACAGUGCUAACAACAUCCUUAAUGGCAUCAACAAUGGAAACUCUGAGAGCAGCUCCAGUGAUGGAGAAUCAUUUAAGAAGCCAAGGGAAGAGACCAUCAAGGCCAAAAUUUAUAGGUCAUAUGUCAGGACCGAACCAUCCGAUACAACAAGCUUGGUUGUCAAGGAUGGAUAUCAAUGGAGAAAAUAUGGUCAAAAAGUUACAAGGGACAAUCCUUGUCCUAGAGCUUACUUCAAGUGCUCGUUUGCUCCAACCUGCCCUGUCAAAAAGAAGGUUCAGAGAAGUGUUGAGGACCAAUCAAUUCUGGUGGCAACUUAUGAAGGUGAACACAACCAUCCCAAUCCUUCUCAACUUGAAGCAUCACCAGGCUCAAACCGCUGCAUGACCUUAGGAUCAGUCCCCUGCUCAACCUCUCUGGGCACAUCCGGACCAACCAUCACUCUUGACUUGACAAAAUCCAAGUCCAAUACUUCUGAUACCAAGACCCCGAAACCAAGAACUGAAACACCAGAAGUUCGAAAGCUUUUGGUGGAACAGAUGGCGUCUUCCUUGACCAAAGACCCCAACUUCACAAAAGCACUUGCAGCAGCCAUUUCAGGAAGAUUUCUUCAGCACGAUACUUACUGAUAGAAGAACUGGUGUAAAAGUCAAUUAAGAAAAUUGAUUUUUUCCACUUGUUAGACUACUUUGAAGAUUAGGUGUAUUUGUAAAUACAACAUUUAAAUAGAGGAACCCAAACUUUCGAAUUCA